AUGCAUCUCAUUAAUAUACGUAUGGUAUAUUCAAUAAAUAUUAUAGAAAAAUAUAUGCUCACAUAAAUUGAUACUCUUUAUUUAAAAAAGUAAUAAAUCGAGUGAUGAGUAUGUAAGAAAAAUUCAUUAUUCAGAAUUGUGACAAGACAUUUGAAGAUCAUCAAAAUCAGUAAAAUGAUAUUAUUCAUACUUCAUUUGUAUCACCAAUAACAAUCCAUUCUAUUAUCAUUAUAUUGUCAUUGUUAUUGUUACAAAUGUUAUUAGUAUAAGUGAAAUCACGAGUAUUAUGGUAUUGUAAGUAUAAUAAAAUCUUUUCACAUUUUUAGUAUAUAGAACAUGCUAAUAUAAAAACACGAUAUCCAUCUAAUUUGUCGUUGUGGAAACUUCAUCGUGGCCAUCUCGAGCAUUACUGCGUCAAUAAGCAUAUAAGUCAGCUUGGGAUCCACCUAAGAAAACAUAACAGAAAGAAUGGCGACGAUGAAAUUAGGUAGCAAUCCUCGUUAUUUGUAUCGAGUUUGUGCCGGUAUUUGUACAUUUCCAACAUCCGUUUGACAGAAAACGGGAUUCCGUGAAACUCGAGGAGCUGAUAAAUGUUGGUGCUGGACAAUCUAUACGGAAACAGAUAGAAAAAUAAUGGUCACCGAGUUGUAUUUUAAAAAUACAAAUGUGACGUACGUAAAUGCAAACUUUCACGUUAUACAGUGUAUUAUUAUUUUA